AAUUUGACUUUCUAGAUGGCGAAUAUAUAUUAGCAAUUUCUGGAUCAUAUCAAUCUUAUAUAGGUGAAUUAAAAAUUAUAACUUAUAUACCUUCUAAGAAGCAAGCAAGAAUCCACAAAACGAAGGGUGAUAGUUAUGCUAAUCAAUUUGACUCAUUACCACUUUUUGGCACAGCUCUUACCUGUCUUUAUGGAAGUGGUAAUAGUUACGUAACUAGCAUAGGAAUGUAUGAAGGAGAAGUACAAGGACAACAAUUACAACAAUUUCAACAACUACAACAGCUUUCCGACAUAUUAUUUCCAAAUAAACCUUAUAACUUUCAUACUCUCAAACAAGAGAUCAAACGAUUUAAAUAUCAAGAACUGGCACCACAAAUAAGAAAUGAAAAAAUUAAAUUUGAAGAAUUAACUUUAAAUAUCAAGACUAAAGCUGGUCAUCUUGAAAAAAUAGUUGACUUAUUAUUAGAAACUCAAAAGCAAGCAAUCAAAAGUAAUGAUCAAUUUAUUCAGGGUCAAAUAGUUGCUUACCAAAACAUUCUUGAAGGCAACCUAACUAAAAAUGAAUUACAAAUACUUCUUGCCAAGCAAAAAGAAAUUCAUCAGUUAGAAGAAUGCUUGACUAAUUUACAAAUAAAUAAAUAA